GACGGACGUCAGGAGGGAGGACGCAGCCGAUUGGACAGGGCGACUUUGGGGGGGGGAGAGCUACGACUCAGCCAAUCGAAAACCAGCGCGAGGCGCUGAGGUCGGGGGACGGAGCGCCAAUGGGAAUCUUCCGAGGAAAGGGAGCGCGGGGCAGCCAAUCAGGAGCCUCGGCGCCCCUACGUUCCGCGCGGGCGAGCGUCGAGCGUGCGUGUAUGACGCAGUUUCGCCGCUGCCGGCCCCCCCAAUCGCGACCCCUCGAGCGGCUGAGGCGGGUUUCGAGGAGGUGUCGCCGCCGCCGCCGUCCGGCUCUCGGUGACAGAGACGCGCCUCGCAGCGAGCGCUAGGCCGGGCCGCGGGCCCUGAGCCCAACGCCGCGCUUCUCCCCCGUCGGGAGGCCCAGCCUGGAGAAGCGGUUUUGAGACAUUGAAAUAACUUCAACAUGUUUAACAAAUCGUUUGGAACGCCUUUUGGCAGCAAUGCGGGAGGAUUUGGAACCACUUCGACCUUCGGACAGAAUACUGGCUUUGGGACCACCAGCGGAGGAGCCUUUGGGGCGUCCGCGUUCGGAGCCAAUAACAAUGCCGGGGGACUCUUUGGCAGCACUCAGACCAAGCCAGGAGGGCUCUUUGGGGCAAGUACCUUCAGCCAGCCAGCCACGUCGUCCACUAAUACCGGUUUUGGUUUCGGCCCGUCCACCGGAACUUCCAGCGGCCUGUUUGGCACUACCAGCACAGGCGGAGGACUCUUCUCAACCCAGACCAAUGCCUUCGCCCAGAACAAGCCGGCGGGGUUUGGCAAUUUUGGGACAAGCACCAGCAGUGGAGGGUUGUUUGGCACCACUAACACAGCCUCCAACCCAUUUGGGGGCACGUCUGGCUCCCUUUUUGGGUCAACCAGCUUUUCCACCGUCCCUACCGGCACCACGAUUAAAUUCAACGCACCCACCGGCACGGAUACCAUGGUCAAGUCUGGCGUCAGCACCAACAUCAGCACCAAGCACCAGUGCAUCACUGCUAUGAAGGAGUACGAGAGCAAAUCCCUAGAGGAGCUUCGCCUGGAAGACUAUCAGGCCAACAGGAAAGGCCCCUCCAACCCAGUGGGAGCAGGGGCCACCCCGGGCUUGUUCGGAUCGUCCACCGCUACGUCCAGCACAGCCACAGGGCUCUUUGGCUCCUCCACCACCAACACGGGCUUUUCCUACGGGGCAAACAAAACAGCGUUUGGAGCCAGUACCACCGGUUUUGGCACAGGGACCGGAAGUCUCUUUGGCUCGACGCAGCCGACGCCCACCCUCUUCAACAAACCUUUUGGUCAGCCCACCACCGCCCAGAAUACGGGCUUUUCGUUCACCAACACCAGCACCCUCGGACAGCCCAACACCAACACGAUGGGCCUGUUUGGAGCGGCCCAGCCCACGCAGACGGGAGGCCUCUUCGGCACCGCGGCCAGCACCAACACUGCCGCCGCCUUUGGGACCGGGACCGGAAUCUUUGGACAGCCCAACGCCGGCUUUGGGGUCGGCGGCUCGUCUCUCUUCAGUAACAAGCCUGCUGGCUUUGGCACCACCACCACCAGUGCCCCCUCCUUUGGGACCACAACCACUGGGCUUUUCGGCUUCAAUGCAAACACCACAGGAAACAGCCUCUUUGGAAACAAGCCUGCGACCGGGACACUGGGCCCAGCCCUCGGGGCAGGAUUUGGGACAGCCCUUAAUGCAGGUCAGAAUUCGCUGUUUGGCAACACGCAGCCCAAACUGGGGGGCACGCUCGGGACCGGAGCCUUUGGUGCCCCUGGAUUUAACACCUCGACCGCCACGCUGGGCUUCGGAGCGCCACAGCCUGCCGUGGCUCUGACGGAUCCCAACGCCUCUGCGGCCCAGCAGGCCGUUCUGCAACAGCACCUCAACAGCUUGACCUACUCGCCCUUCGGGGACUCUCCGCUCUUCCGAAACCCCAUGUCUGACCCAAAGAAGAAGGAGGAGAGGCUGAAGCCCACCAACCCGGCGGCCCAGAAGGCGCUGACCACGCCCACGCAUUACAAGCUGACGCCCCGCCCGGCCACCCGCGUGCGCCCCAAAGCCUUGCAGACGAGCGGCUCUUCCAAAUCCCACCUUUUCGAUGGUCUGGACGACGACGAGCCUUCCCUGACCAAUGGCGCCUUCAUGCCCAAGAAGAGCAUCAAGAAGCUGGUUUUGAAGAACCUCAACAGCACCAGCCUCUUCUCUCCCGGCAGUGCCGAAGUGGAUGACAUUGCCUCGCCUUCCAUCUAUCCCGAGAAUGGGGACCAGUCGGUGAAUGAGAACCACCAGCCGGACGAAGAGCAGGAAGAGGAAAGCUACUGCCCGGAAAUGUCCAGGUUCUUAGCCAACUCCAUCGCCAAGCCCCUCCCCCAGACCCCAGAGAACGCCCCGCACAAGCACCACAGCAACAGCGUGGACGACACCCUCGUGGCCCUGAAUGUGCGGCCGGGGCUGCGCAACGGGCUGGAAAACAGCACGGAGGAAGCUUCCUACCACGAGGACUCCCUGCAGGAGGAGCGGGACAAGGAGAGCGAAGACCACUUCCUCCCCGCCCAUCCCGCAGGAAUUGUCUUGACACGAGUGGGCUACUACACCAUUCCCUCCCUGGAGGAGCUGGCCAAGAUGACGGAUGACCAAGGAGAAUGCUUCGUGACCGACUUCACUAUCGGCCGUAAAGGCUACGGCUCCAUCUACUUCGAGGGCGAGGUCAAUUUGACCAGCUUGAACCUGGACGAGAUCGUGCACAUCCGCAGGAAAGAGGUCAUCGUCUACCCGGAUGACGAACUGAAGCCCCCCAUCGGGGAGGGCCUGAACAGGAGAGCCGAAGUCACCUUAGACGGGGUUUGGCCCACGGACAAGACCUCGCGCUGCUUGAUCAAGAGCCCAGAGCGGCUGGCGGAGAUGAACUACGAGGGUCGGCUGGAAGCCGUCUCUCGGAAACAGGGAGCCCAGUUCAAGGAGUACCGCCCUGAAACCGGUUCCUGGGUGUUCAAGGUGGCCCACUUCUCAAAGUACGGCCUGCAGGAUUCCGAUGAGGAAGACGAGGACAACCUGGCCAAAGUGGAGGCCAAGAAAUUAAAAACUGCUCCGUUGCCCCUGCCGGGCCAGCCGAUGUCUCACCAAAUGGCUGCACCUGGGAAGCUGGCACCUCCUCCCAAGAGCCCGGAGGCCGACCAUCUGGGGAAGGUUGUCGAAUUUGACAGCGACAUGGCAGACGUCACCCAAGAGCUGCUGCAAGACGCUAUGGCGGAAGAGAACCUGGCGGAAGAACAGGAGCCGGUGCCGGCCUCGACCCACAUCGCCUCCUCCCUGGACAUCAACCCUCACACGCUGCAGAUCAUGAAGGCUUCUUUGCUGGCGGAUGAGGAAGAGCUGGACUGGAUGGCGGAGCGCCAGUUUGGCAAGCAGGCUGCAGAAAAGGAGCCUUCGCAGAAGAUCUGCUCUCCGAGACUCCCCAUCUCCUCCUCACGAGGAUGGAAGGGCCGCCCCACAGGUAGCCGACUGCUGCAGUCCAGGCUCUCCACCGGCUCUUUUCUGCUCCCAAACGCCUCCCUCCAGGACGGCCACAGUCCCAGGACUUCCUCGCUGGGUGGGGCUUUGCCCGCCCCGCCUUGGCCCGCCCUGUCCCCCCUGGCCUCCGCCUUCCUCGUGCCCCGCUCAGCUCCCGAAGUGCCCCUGAAAACGGUGGGGGUCCGCAGGCAGGCCGGCCUGGUGCCCCUGAAGAAAUCCGUCGCCUAUGGGAAAGGACGGCUGCUGAAGGACAUGGCCCUGUUCAUGGGACGCUCCUUCCGCGUCGGCUGGGGGCCCAACUGGAUCUUGGUCCACAGUGGGGACCGGCUGGGCCCCCUGAGCCAGCCGGAGGAUCACGGGGAGCCCGCAGAGUACGGAUUCUUGCCGGCCCCCAUGGCGCCAAAGCCGGUCUCCGAGUCCCCCUUCAAGGUCCACCUGGAGAAGCUGACCUUGGAAGGCAAGUCGGCCGACCUCGGCGUCUACCUCCUCCCGUUAGAGAUCAAGCUGAAACACAGCACCGUCCACCUGGAUGACCCCUGCCCCUUGCUGGCCCCCAACCCCGGCGUGGCAGCCAUCCAUGACUAUGCGGCCUGGGCCUCGGAGGCGUGUGAAGACGCUGAAGAACAGGAAGGCGGCGUGGCGAGGGCCUGGGCGCUGGUCUGGCGCCUGUGCGAGGCGCUCUGGGGCCACCUGCAGGAGCUGGAGGUGCGCCUGGAGGAGCCCAGCGACUACGAGCUGCUGCUGGGGCGCCGGAGGGCCUUCUCCCGCUGGCUGUCCCGGGCGGCGGCCGAGCGGAUCCAGGAGGAGGUCUCGCUCAGCCAGAACGACAAUCCCGCCGAGGCCGUCUUCAGCUACCUCACCGGGAAGCAGAUCGGCCAGGCCUGCCGCCUGGCGCAGCAGUCAGGGGACCUCCGCCUGUCUCUGCUGCUGUCCCAGCUGGCGGGCAGCCAGGAGGUCCGGGAGCUGCUGGCCCUGCAGUUGGCCGACUGGCACCAGCUUCAAGCGGACGUCUUCAUCCGGGACGAGCGGCUGCGCAUCUUCUGCCUCCUGGCUGGCAAGCCGGUGUGGCAGUUGUCCGAGAAGAGGACCAUCAACGUUUGCUCCCAACUGGACUGGAAACGCUCCCUGGGCAUCCACCUGUGGUUCCUGCUUCCUUCCACGGCCCCCCUCUCCAAGGCCCUCAGCAUGUACGAAGCUGCCUUCCAGGACUCCCCAGAUGGAGAGAGGUACGCCUGCACUCCGCUGCCCCCCUACCUAGAAGACUCCGGCUGCGUGGUGGAAGACGACAACUCCCAGCGCCCGCUGCGAGACGUGUGUUUCCACCUGCUGAAAUUGUACAGUGACAGGUGCUACGACUUGCAUCAGCUGCUCGACCCUCGCAGCAUCACCGCCGACCCCCUGGACCACCGUCUCAGCUGGCACCUGUGGGAAGCCCUCCGUGCCUUGAACUACACCCACCUGUCCGAGCAGUGCCAGGGGGUGCUGAACGCCAGCUACGCCGCCCAGCUGGAGAGGGAGGGGCUGUGGGAGUGGGCGGUCUUCGUCCUCCUUCACACCCACAACGCUCAAAUGCGGGAAAGGGCCGUGCGGGAGCUGCUGAGUCGCCAUUGCAAGCUUCUGGAGUUACCAGAGUCCCGGAACAAGGAGGCCUUCCUGACAGAGAAGCUGUGCGUCCCCCCGGCGUGGAUCUACGAGGCGAAGGCCUUGUGGGCCAGGAGGGAGGGCGACAGGCCCCGCGAGGCCCUCUACCUCUUCAAGGCUGGCCACUGGAACCAGUGCCACCAGCUGGUGGUCAGGCACUUGGCCUCCGACGCCAUUAUUAACGAGAACUACACCUACCUGAAGGGAUUCUUGGAAGACCUGUCCAGUCCUGAGCGUUGCAGCCUCAUUCAGGGCUGGGACACGGCCGGGCUGGUUUUCUUAGACUAUCUCCAGGUCAUCGAGAUGGUCAACAGAAUUCAGCAGCUGGACUGUACCAGGUACGAGCUGGAAGAGCUGCACUCCAAGGUGAUCUCCCUCUGCAGCCGGAUAGAGCUGGUCCAGUGCCACAGCGCCAAGGACAGGUUGGCUCAGUCAGAGAUGGCCAAGCGCAACGCAGACAUCCUCCGUGUGGUGCUGAGCUUGCAGCACCCUCCGGACUCGGCCUCCGGCGCCACCCCCGACGUGCAGAGAGUCCCGCUGCGCCUGCUGGCCCCCCACAUCGGCCGGCUGCCCAUGCCGGAAGACUACGCGCUGGAGGAACUCCGCGGGCUGACCCAGUCCUACCUGCGGGAACUGAUGGUGGUGGCCCAGUGAAGCCGCCCGGCCUGCCAGUCUGGGGUGCCGGACUGCCACACCAUCGGGCGCCCCUUUGGACCCAGCGUGGGGGGUGGUUACGGGACGCAGCCUUCCUUCCUUCCUUCCUUCCUGCUCUGGGGCGCCCCACGACUACUGCCAUCUAGCUAGGGAGGGAGGGGGGGUGCAGGAAGCUUAAGGCCCGGCUCUGCGGUGGGACCCCUGUGAGCCCCCCUCCUCUCCCACCCCAAGCGCUUUGUGGUGUCAAUAAAGCCUGCUGCCGCAGAAUCCCUUUGUGGUGACCGCUCCCCCGCUGGCCUGGCAUUUGGCAGGCUGAAGAGAGAGGAGCAGCAGCAGCGGUGGCAGCCGAGACCCUUCCUCCCCUCGCUCACUCGAGGGGGGGGGAUGCUAGAGAUCAUUGUGUGUAAAUAGUCCCUGAUUCAGCUGAGCUCUGCCUGGAGAAUUCCUCAGGGAGGGGCUCGGUGGGUGGUCAGCACGGCAGCAGCAUCUUUUCUCAAUUGCCCCUCUCCCCAUUGGUCAGCCCAAACGGGGGAGUUGGGGUCUGCGCCCCUGGCUUUGGCCGGAGAGGCUGGGGAAGGGCCCUUUGGAGACCUCCACGCGCACCCAGGAAGGGGGUCUCCCCCUCUUGGGCCCAGGGCAGCCUCUGAGGAGGGGGACAGUCAGAGGCCGGGGGCCCUUCUGUCCACUCGUGGGGCAGGGUCUGCGCCUUCCCCAUACGCCCAGGGGACCGGCUUAGCCCUUCGCACAACCUCAGCCCGGGUCUGGCAGGGCGGGGGCUGCGGCUGGAUCAGGGACGGAUGGGGGGGCAUGUGUGCAUGUGUGCUUGACUGCGUGUCUUGAUGGGGGGGGGGUGCCAGAAAAGUCGUUACGCAUGAAGAUUAUGUAAAGGUUUUUAUUAAAAGUAUAAAUAAAUCAUCCAAAUUAUUUUCUUGUCUGUUUUUCUGGAAAUACUUUCUACAAAAAAUAAAAUAAAAUGUUUAUAGCAUUUU